UUUUGUGACAGUAUUUGUGCUUAUCAAACCUGAACUUAAACCGGAUUUUAGUAUUUAGAAGGAAUCUUGCAAUAUUUUCGUAGUGAUAUAUAACUAAACAACACAACGAACCUUUCAAGGUAUUGCGCAAAAUACGAACAAUCUCCUAAAAUGAAAGAAUUGGCAAUGUUUAUGAAAGAGCCCUUCCAGGUCUCGCUGCUAGAACGCCAACGCUGGCCUUCGCAAAUCGCGAACACAGAUAUGGUUGUUGUGGUGACUCCAUUCGGGAGGGUCAACAUUUUCCCCGAGUGACUGAUCUCGCCUGACACUGACAAAGAGAAAUAAUAUGAUUUCGCAUCAUCGGAGGAGGUAUUCGAAAAAUGUCGCGAGCGACGAAAUGGCUUACUUUUCCGACGGAGGAGUCUCCAUACGGCAAGAGUGACGGAAAUAAGGGUGAUUGAAUGCGAUGUCGCAAUAGAUCGUCAAGUUUGGGGUUUAACGUAAACCGGAAAGUAUUGUGUGAUUAUUCAGUAGUGAUGUCACAAUAAGUAACCAGCUUUGAAGUUUACUUAAAAUAGGAAGUGGUGACUAAAUCGUAUGUAGUUCAGUAGUGAUGUCACAUUAAAUAGAAAAGUUCGAAGUUUAACUUGAAACGGAAAGCGAUGACAAAACAUCUUGGUAUUUCAGUGGUGAUGUCACAGUAAAUAAUCAAGUUUUGGGUUUACGUAAAACGGAAAGUAAUGUCAAAACCGCGUGAUGUUCAGUAGUGAUGUCACAAUAGAUAACCAGGUUUGAAGUCUACUUAAAAAGUGAGGUGAUGACCCAAAGCGUAUGAAGUAUCUUUAGAGUUGUACGAGCAAAAGAGAGGAAUAAGUGAAGGUGUUAUUUACAUUAGCGGAACCAUAGGCUAACUAAAGAACUGAAAACAAGAAGUGACGUUAUUUCCAUCGUAAGUUCAGUAUUCCGCAUAGAAAAUACGCUUAGGCGAUAUUGCAAGGUUAUAGCAUGGCUUCCGAUUAUAAUAAAUGAAUUAUUGAUGUUACUAUAACUUUAAUUAGUACAGUACUCCGCAGUUAGAAAUCCAACAGGAUUAUUCUUCACCAAUCCUUAGAAAAAUAAGCAAGAAAUGAAUCAUUAAUGUUAUUAUAACUUUGUUUAGUACAGUACUCCGGAGUUGGAAUUCCAGCAGCAUCUUUCGUCAUUCAUCCAAAACUGGAAAAAUGUUCAAGAUGGAGUUAGACGACGACAUCCAGCCCCACGCUAACCCCGACUUCUUCCCGAUGGGCCUCAGCACGAAGGACGCCUCCGACUACCGCUACAACGUGACGUAUCCCAGAGGACGCGUGUCCUCCUCCCCUCUGAUGGAGGACGCGACGUCCUACGGCCAGGCGGAGGAGUCCUUCGAGCGCUUCGCCAACGACUCCUCCUCCUCCUCCUCCUCGCAGGACAUCAUCAACUUCACGAGCGUCUUCCCCGGGAACAUGUCCCUGCCCAUCGACAUGCAGUUCAACGACGGACACAUCCUGCAGAUCUCCUGCUACUCGGGGAUAUUCAUCGUGAGCCUCAUAGGGAACCUGUGCGUCCUUCGGGCCAUUCUCGGGGGCGGGAGGAAGCAGCGCAAGUCCAGGGUGAACUUGAUGCUCCUUCAUCUGGCCAUUGCUGACCUGAUCGUGACGAUAACACAAGCGUUACCCCUUGACACUGUCAUCUUUGAAGGCCUCUCCACACGGUCGGCCUUUGCUCGACGACUUCUGUUCGAUGUGACGUCGGAAUCGGAGAAACAGCGGGUAUAUAAGAGUUCUGACGUCACGUCGAACUCAGUUUGUCGGGCGAAGCUCGACUGUGUGGACGAGGGUGCUUUAUAG